UGAUGAGAUGAAUGCUCAGUCGUUUGUUUAUAAACAAGAGGACGUCCUUGUAGAAAAUCAAAGAUGGCAGGGCCUGUUGUGGAUUUAGAAUUAAGAAAGGCAUUUCAGGAGCUGCAGAUGAAAAUGAUUGAAACGACGCAGCGUCUAAAAAUGUCGGACAUUCAGGUGGAGCAAUGCCGCAGACAGAUUAACCAUGCCAAACUCACCAAUCGUGAAAUCUCGGAAAUUCCCACAGACACAAGAACGUACGAAAGUGUUGGUCGAAUGUUCAUAUUGACACCAGUUAAUAUAGUUCAGGAUGACUUGCAAUUGAAAAUAAAAUCACAGGAGGAAAAGAUAAAAAACCUAGAGAGCAAUAAGUCAUAUUUGGAGAAGUGUAUUAAAGAAAGUGAAGAUAACCUACGAGAAUUAAUAGUCACCAAGAAGUCAAAAUAGACUGAAUUGUAAACUUAUUUGGUUUUGCAUAAGUUCAAAUAAGUCUUGCAGUUUCAAAAUCAGGACAGUGAACAUUGAUUGUCAUUAACUUUACUAUUUAUGUGCUGCACAUGCCAGUGUUGCAUGUACAUCAUAAUUUUGAUGUUAAAAACUUCAUAUACAGCUCACAGUUUAGCAAUUUAUCAACAAAAGUUUGUCACUUAAUUGUUAAAGAAGUUCACAGUAAGACUCAGAAAACUUUUUAUGUUGUUUAUUUUUGCUGCUGUGGUAACAUUUAUCAAUUUCCUGUUUGCUUUCUUUAAAAGCGAAAAUAAUAAGCGAUAAAUCGGAAUCUGUGUAUUGAAUUAUCCGAUCAAUUUAUUAAUAAAUUAUGUGUUUCAAAAGUUA